UGCUCCUGCUCUGUGGGCUGCCGCCCCAUACCCCGGGGGGUGGCAUGUCAAGGAGGGAGGCCAAAGGGGCACCGGCAAUGCCAGGAGUGGGGCCUAGCCGGGCUAAGGCCAAAGCACGGCUUCUGUCCGGCACUGACAGGAAGAGGAGCCGCCUCAGCAGGACAAGGCAGGACCCGUGGGAAGAAACCAGCUGGAGCAACCAAAGAUGGAGCAGAGCUGCCCCUAGUCCUCAAGGGGCCAGGGCCAGGGCUAGGGGCUUGGCUCGUGGAAGGAGUGAGGCCAGUCCUGAGAAUGCCGCGCGGGAGCGGAGCCGGGUGAGAACACUGCGCCAAGCCUUCCUGGCCCUGCAGGCUGCUCUGCCUGCCGUGCCACCUGACACUAAGCUCUCCAAGUUGGAUGUGCUGGUGCUGGCCACCAGCUACAUAGCCCACCUCACCCGCACGCUCGGCCACGAAUCACCUGGCCCUACUUGGCCACCCUUCCUGUGUGGGCUCUGCUACUUGCACCCUCUCAAGAAGUGGCCGAUGCGAUCUCGUCUCUAUGCUGGAGGCCUGGAGUGCUCUGGACUUGACUCCACCACAGCCACUGCCUCCAGCCAAAGAAUGAGGGAUGCAGAGGUGAGGUCCCAAGUCUCUGGAGAGGCAGAUGGUCUCCUUUCCACCAAGCCAUUCUCACCAGCUCUUGGUGACAAAUGAUCAUCACACUCGCCCUUGUCUCCUAGACUGCGACUCACACUUAGGGCCCUGGACUUUCCACCAGCCCCUCCCUGUCUUCACUCAGACUCGCAGACAGCAGAUUUGACUUAGGCUCAGCUCCCCAGUUCCAGCAUGCAGACCAGCACAGCAGUGGGCACAUCUGUGAUGGAGAGUACCAGAGGAGCACAGGAUAGAGAUCCUCAUCCUCGGCACCCUGGAGGGGACUUCCCAGUGGCUCUUCUGUGGCAGCUACAGGAAGUGGAAGAGAAAGGGGUUUGUUUGGGUUCAAGGCUGAUUUAGGGUGCCACCCCUUGCUUUUCUCCCCAAGGUUCUAUGAACCCUCUGCUGAUAGCAAGAAGACAGAAAUUGCUGCAUAGGUGCAGAGGGAGGGCCCUGGGAUGGCAGCAGCCCCGGGUGCUGAUGGGAAAGCAAGGGGGCCAGAUAGGCUCUUGGUAGCUAUAAGCGUGACUAGAUCUGGGCUGAGGUCACCCAGAUAACCAGAGAGGAAAGCGAACAAGGGAAUAUGCUUUGUUAUUGCACCAUGGGAUGCUUCCCCAGCGUCAGAGAGGCAGUGAGGAAUUCGGGACUCUUGUCUCUGUAGUAUGGGUCUCUCCAGCUGUCCCCAUCACUACAUUUAUUCCCUCUCUGGGCCCUGCACCCUUCCACUCUUUUCUUGACAUGAGUUAUAUCUACAGGUUCAGCCAUAAAGCUUAUACUACUUACAA